CUCACACAAACGCCUCGAAUUCUCUCUACCAUACAAUAAAGCGCAAAAAAGGGACACCAAAAAAAAAAAAAAAUCAAAAUCCCGGUGAUUCGAUCUUCAGUAGCCGAAGCCGGCGUGAAGAUUAUGGCGGGACAAUCGCGAAAAUGGAUGAUUCUGGUGGCGACGAUUUGGAUUCAAGCGUUCACUGGGACGAAUUUCGAUUUCUCGGCUUACUCUUCAGAUUUGAAAUCGGUUUUAGGGAUUUCACAGGUGCAGCUUAACUACCUCGCCGUCGCUUCCGAUCUCGGAAAAGUCUUCGGGUGGUCUUCGGGGCUCGCGCUCAUGUAUUUCCCGCUUUGGACGGUGCUUUUCGCGGCGGCGUUUAUGGGUUUCGUCGGUUACGGAGUCCAGUGGCUCGUCAUCUCUAAUUUCAUCUCUUUGCCUUAUAUUAUGGUGUUUAUUUGUUGCUUACUUGCUGGUCUAAGUAUCUGUUGGUUCAACACAGUCUGCUUUGUGCUCUGCAUCAGUAACUUCCCUGCAAACAGAUCACUUGCUCUUUCUCUCACAGUGAGCUUCAAUGGUGUAAGCGCCGCUUUAUACACUCUCGCUUACAAUGCAAUCAAUCCAGCCUCAUCAGAGCUCUACCUUCUCUUAAACGCUCUUAUACCUCUCGUUGUCUCCUUCACUGCAAUCAUCCCGAUUCUUCGCCAACCUCCUUUUGAGCCUCUUCCACCAGAUGGAGUUCGACGUGACUCUCUCAUGUUUCUAUUGCUCAACAUUCUCGCUGCUUUAAAUGGCGUUUAUCUCCUUCUCUUUGGUUCAAACUCCUCUGAUUUAACCACUGCUCGUCUCCUCUUUGGUGGAGCAAUCAUUCUAUUGAUCUUCCCUUUAUGUAUACCCGGUUUAGUCAUUGCCCGAAAUUGGUAUAAUCGAACAAUCCACACUAGUUUCCGUCUAGAAGGCUCUGGUUUCAUUCUUGUUGAUCCUGAUGAGCUUGAGUUGCAUAAAGGGAUGGUUGCACAUGAAGCAAACCGAGAAAGCUACCAGUUGCUGAACGAUGAUGCCGUGCAAAACCCGCUGGUUAAGACCAUAGCUGCAGAGGAAGAUGAUGUUAUUGAUGAGUCUUGUUUCAAGAAGCUUAUUACAAGAGAUCAGCUUGAGCUAUUGGGAACUGAACACCCUUUGUGGCUGCUCUUACGCAGAGCAGAUUUCUGGUUAUACUAUGUCGCGUAUUUUUGCGGUGGAACCAUUGGACUCGUUUAUAGCAACAACCUUGGACAGAUUGCUCAGUCUUUAGGACAAAGCUCAAACACCACAACUCUUGUCACACUUUAUUCCGCUUUCUCAUUCUUUGGUCGAUUGCUUUCCGCAACACCUGAUUAUAUCAGAGCGAAGGUUUAUUUUGCAAGAACAGGAUGGUUAGCAAUCGCGUUAUUACCAACGCCGAUCGCGCUUUUCUUGCUCGCAUCAUCAGGAAACGCGUCAGCAUUACAAGCGGGAACCGCACUGAUCGGUUUAAGUUCCGGGUUUAUAUUCGCAGCAGCGGUUUCAAUCACAUCAGAGCUUUUUGGUCCGAACAGUGUUGGAGUAAACCAUAAUAUCUUGAUCACAAACAUACCAAUAGGAUCAUUGAUCUAUGGAUUCUUGGCUGCAUUGGUCUAUGACUCGCAUGGUUUCAACGGGAUCAAAACGGUGACGGACUCGGUCGUGUGUAUGGGACGAGAUUGCUAUUACUUGACGUUUGUGUGGUGGGGUUGCUUGUCGGUUCUUGGGCUAGCUUCGAGUCUUGUGUUGUUUAUUAGAACUAAAAGAGCUUAUCAACGGUUUGAACAAGCUCGGAUUAGUUCAAUCAUUGUUGAUUCGUAGAGGAAUUUGCCUCCACCCCACCAACGGCUUGUGUAAAUCAAUCAGUAUAUGUAGGAUCUAAAUAAUUAAUAACAGACGUAUAAUGGAGUUUUACUACUGGCUGAUAAU